GCUCUCCUCUCCGCUUCCAAUGUCGCCGCCGCUCCUCCUCCUAUUAAACCCACUCCUCCUCUCCCACGCGCAUUCAUCUUCAUCUUCUUCUCCCGCAAUCUUCACCGACUCCCCCUCCAUCUACGAAUGGCAGUCCGCGCGCGCCACCUACUACGCCGCCUCCGACCCGCGCGACGCGGUGGGCGGCGCGUGCGGCUACGGCGACCUGACGAAGGCCGGCUUCGGGAUGGCCACGGUGGGGCUCAGCGAGGCGCUGUUCGAGCGCGGCCAGAUCUGCGGCGCGUGCUUCGAGGUCCGCUGCGUGGACGACAUGCGGUGGUGCAUUCCGGGAACCUCCAUCAUAUUAACGGCGACGAACUUCUGCGCUCCCAAUUACGGCUUCACCGCCGACGGUGGGGGCCACUGUAACCCCCCGAACAAGCACCUGGUGCUUCCGAUUGAGGCCUUUGAGAAGAUCGCUAUCUGGAAAGCCGGGAAUAUGCCGGUCCAGUAUCGCCGGAUUAAAUGUAGAAAGGAAGGAGGAAUUCGGUUUACCAUAGACGGGUCAAGUAUCUUUAUUUCAGUUCUGAUCAGCAAUGUUGCGGGCACUGGAGACAUAACUGCAGUGAAAAUCAAGGGUUCAAAAACUGGUUGGCUUCCAAUGGGACGGAAUUGGGGUCAAAACUGGCAUAUAAAUGCUGAUUUGAAGAAUCAGCCUCUUUCUUUUGAGGUCACAAGUAGUGAUGGGUUGACAGUUGCAUCUUACAAUGUUGCUCCCAAGAAUUGGAACUUUGGGCAGACCUUUGAAGGGAAGCAGUAUGAGUCUUGAAAAACCUCACCUUGUAGGAGAACUAGUGAAAAAACGACUACUUCCUUACUCUUCCCCUUUUUUUGUUUCCUUUUUCCGGGGCAAAUAGCUGUUAGAUUGCAAAAUGCAAAUGAUGACAUCUUGUACAAAAGAUGAAUGUGAAGGGCGUGAGAUGCUUGAGGUCCUAAGGUUGCUGAGACUGAUCUCUUGUGAAGGGAUGGGGAUUAUUUUGCUCUCAGGAUGCUUUGAUUUAGAGUUUAAGCUCUGUCAAUUGCGUAUUGUAAUUUGGUGAUUAUAUUCAUAGUUCAUGCUAUU